UCUUUGCACUUUUUUCUAGUCUACUCGUGCACCAUUUCUUACCCUUUCUUCUUUAUUCCCAUGGCUUCUUCUUCUUCUACAUCCACGAACACGAGCGUGUCGGGGUGUGGUGGUAGCGGUGGCGGUGGUUCGCCGUGUGGAGCAUGCAAGUUUCUAAGGAGAAAAUGUGUGGCUGAUUGUAUAUUUGCUCCUUAUUUUUGUUCAGAACAAGGGGCUGCGAGAUUUGCUGCCAUUCAUAAAGUGUUCGGAGCAAGUAAUGUUUCGAAGUUGUUGCUUCAUGUUCCUGUUCACGAUCGUUGUGAAGCUGUUGUUACUAUUGCCUAUGAAGCUCAAGCAAGGAUUCAUGAUCCUGUUUAUGGUUGUGUUGCUCAUAUUUUUGCUCUUCAACAACAGGUGGCAUACUUACAAACACAGCUGAUGCAAGCCAAGGCUCAACUUGCACAAACCCUAAUGGAUUCAGGAAGUAAUAUGGAGAUUCAAUGGACAGGCGAUUUCAAUAACAGCAACCUCUCGAAUGGAUCAAUUCCAAAUAACAAUUAUCAAACUCAAAUUAUGAACAACCCAACCCCACAAAGCUCUCUAGAAUCAGCUGCCAACAAUGAUGAAGCAUUGUUAUUCAUUAAUCAAAAUCAAUUAUUUCAUGAGAGCCAAUUAAGCAGAUCAUCGCAAGAACCUCAAAUUCUUCAACCAUUUCCUAGAAAAAAAUUAUCUUCUUCUCAUGCAGAUCUUGGGGAACUCCAUGCUUUGGCCCUUAGAAUGAUGAGAAACUAAUUAAUUAAUGAAGACGAAAGUCAUGUGUAAUUUUGUGAAGAACAGUGGAUUUUGAUGAUAUAUCUAUAGUCAUUUUAUGAGACCAAAAAGUUGUGUGUAUAUAGUGACUAUAUCAGCCAUUUA